UAUUUACUAUUUAUUCUCGUCUUUUUAUUUAUUAAGUGUAACUAUUCAUUAUUCAUUCGUCAAUUACGCUGCUAAUUAAAUACUCCUCCUCCUCGGGUUCGGGUUCGGAUCAAAACCAUUGCCAAUAAUAAUAGGCCAAGCUAGCCGGAUGGAGCCGUUUCUGCUGUUUGCUAUUGCCCUUUGCACGAAACCCGGGAUCAUCAGGGGCCAAACCAGACGCCUGCACACAAUCUUUGCCAGGUCUAACCGCAUUUCUGCCGCCAGGGAUAGGCAUAGGAUAGGCAUGGGAUGGGGCAUAUGGGGAUGGGAUGGGGAUGAUGGGAUGGAUGGCUGCUACGGCGCCGUCUAUGUUCCUCUAUGCGAGCCAUCCCCGAGCUCUGGCCGAGGGAUGAGACGGGGGUCGGUUAUAUAAUGGUAUUUUGAUAGUUAACUAUCUCUUCAGAGAGAAAUAUAUCCCUGAGAUUUGUUAAGGGGAAAAAAAAUAAAAAAUAGAAAAAAAUAGUUAAUAAGCUCUUGGUGGCGACAGGAUUAUAUAAAAAUUCUUUUAUCGUCGCAUAUUAUUAGCUUUUUUUCGGUCCCGGAAACCCCCAUACAAAAUAUAUCCUAGGUUUAUAAAAGUGUCUCUUUUUACCUGUUUAACUACUCCGUACAUUAUCUCUUCUUAUCUCUUCCUAUCUGAUUUUUCUCGUGUUCUCCUCCUAUUCUCUUUUUCUCUUGUUCUCUGGUGAUUUAAAUCUCCGCCCCGCCUGCCGCCGCCGCCGCCCGUGCUGAACCCAACCCCCCCCCCCGCCCUCGGCCACAUAUCACAGACAUACUUAUUUAUACGUAUAUAUAUAUAUAUAUAUAUAUAUAUAUAUAUAUAUAUAUCACAUAUAUUUAUUUAUUUGUAUAAUAUCUCUCGUUUUGCCUCUUCCUCUUCCUCUUCCGCUGGCAUCUGGCAUCGGCCAUCUAUCUCUUCUCCGUCCUACCCCUCGCCACCUUAACUAGUCCUACUCUUGACACAUCUCCUAGGAUUGUCAGAUAUGCUUGCGCCCCUCCCCUCACUCGAGGACUACGGCAUCUCCCCCGUCACAGGCUUCCUCCCAGAAGAAACCCCGCUGCAGAGGCUACCAGACCCUUACUAUGCAAAAUGGGAGUCCAUUGUCACCAAUCUCCAGGCCUUGCUGCUCAGCCAUCGGUUGCGGCCUACCAUUGAUAACAUGCCAAUUCUCUCGACCGCGAAACUGAAAUCUGAACCGGAAUGGCGGAGAGCGUAUGUUUUGUUGGCGUUCAUGCUGCAUGCCUAUAUCUGGGGUGGUGAUUCUCCGGCUGAGAUAAUCCCCCAAUCCAUCUCAAUCCCCCUCCUCAAAAUCUCCGCACACCACGAACUUCCCCCCGUGGCCACAUACUCCAGCCUAUGCCUCUGGAACUACAAGCCCAUUUUCCCCGAAGAACCGGCCGACAACAUCGAAAACAUUACUUCGCUCUUCACCUUCACUGGCUCCCUCGACGAACAAUGGUUCUAUCUAGUCUCCAUCGCCAUGGAAUCCCACGGCGCCUCCACCAUCCCCCUAAUGCUCAACGCCAUCGCCGCUGCCCGCCAAAAUAACACACAGCUAGUCAUUGAAUGCCUACGGACAUUCGCCCAACGUAUCGACGAGAUCUCAGACAUCCUGCAGCGCAUGUACGAGAACUGCGACCCCCACGUCUUCUACCACCGCAUCCGCCCCUUCCUGGCCGGCAGUCGAAACAUGAGCGACGCAGGCCUCCCGGACGGCAUCAUCUACGAUGACGGCACCGGCUCCCAAACCCGCCACUACUACAGCGGCGGCUCCAACGCCCAAAGCUCCCUAAUCCAAUUCUUCGACAUAGUCCUCAACAUCGAGCACCGCCCUACGGGCGAAAUGCGGAACAAGAACCCCGAUCGGGAGGAGCUCGGCUCCUCCCCCCCAGGGUUGGACGAAGGCAGCAGCCAGGCCCCGCCCAACAAGCGCCACAACUUCAUCAUGGAGAUGCGCUCGUACAUGCCGGGCCCGCACAGACGCUUCCUCGAACACGUCGCCAGCGUCGCUAAUAUCCGCGACUACGUCCUGAAACACAGCGCCGACAGCGCCCUCUGCGCCGCCUACGAUUCCUGCCUGGCCGUCCUCCGCGCUAUGCGCGACAAACACAUCCAGAUGGUCUCGCGGUACAUCAUCAUCAAAGCGCGCGAGGCGCGCGUACACCACGACAGAUCUGCCAGUAGUCCGCGUGCGGCCCCUGGCGGCGCCGGAAAGGCCCGCGCGGUCAACUUGGCCCGUCCCGUGGCUGCGACUGGGGAUGGCGUGGUUGUUGCGCCGGCCUCGGGGAGUGGAGGCGGAAGCAAGAGCCUGCGGGGAACAGGCGGGACUGCGCUGAUUCCGUUCCUGAAGCAGGCGCGCGAUGAAACAGGGGAGCCGGCUGUGGGGUUGCUGGUGAAGGAGUUGGCGAAGCACGGGCCUGCAAGGGCGACUAGGAGGUAACCCAAAAUGAACCAGAUGGGCUUUUGCAGCAUAUAAAUAAAUAGAACUAAAGUCUGUUGAGACUUGCGGGGUCAAGAGCAACAGACGAGAAUGAGGAUGAAAGCUGAUGUUGGGGUCAUCGGCACCGUGCGUCACUGCUGGUGGGUGACAUUGGAUUGGAUUGGAUUUUUGAUGGUUGUAAAUGAUGAGCACUUUGUUUUUGUUUUGGAUGUUCUUCUUUUCCCCUUUCCCCCCCCCCCCUUUUUUUUUUUCUGAUAUAGACGUUACAUUUGUCUCAUGUCCAUGUACGCUGCAUCAUCCGCCUCCCUCACUUUUUGUAUAAUGCUUGGAUACGUGUCAUUAUGGAUGGUUUGUAUAUAUUACCCGUCCUCUCUCCUCCAUCCUAGUUUUUGGUUGGAUUGGUAGGUCUGGUGUCUUUUGAUAUGUCUCGCUACUUACUUGUCGAUAGCUCCGGACAGAUGUGGCUCAUCCCCCUACCCAGGUGUAUUUUUCUCUUCUUUUUUUUUAUAAAAAAGUUCUUGUUGGGCUUUCACAUCUUUACGUCUCAGGUGAAAGCUACUACUUACCACCAAUGAAUGAAUACAGAAACGAAUCAUGAUUUGGCCUAUCAUGAUUUUCUACAUCAUCACCACACAGAAUAUGCCUGUCCCGUCUUUUUGAUUCUAAGAUUUAAGUGGGCAAUGGAAGAGAGCAGUUUGCCAACACUCCCAAUAGAUCUUUAUUUACAAUAAAGAAUAAGGGUAGCGAAUUCGAAGGGGGCUUGGGUAUAUGUACAUGGGUAGGGAGCGAAUUCUCUUCCUAUGACAAGCUGUUUUUAUUUUUAUUACCCUCCGUCCCCUCCUAUUUAUCCGCGGCCCCGUUAGAGACGGCAUUCCGCAGGGGAAGGGAAGAGAGAACGCCAACCUUCUCAUCAUCUCAUAUAGGAGGAGUCUGAUUUCACAGCAUAUACUGCACCACUUCAGGCCUGGAGGAGUGCCCCGCACCAUCGAUCCAGACCUUACUUAAUAUUCGCUCGCUACCUGCGCGAGAUCAAUCUCAGCCUCCAGCAGCUGCUCCCGCUCCCCCGUCACCGGCCCAGCAAGAUACCACCCCCCGCCAGCCGUCACCAUAUCCGUCUCCCCCAGAUUCUCCCGCAGCCACCUUACGACAGCUCUCAUCAACACAUAAUCCGCCGCCGAGAUCAUAAACACCUGCGCCGCCAGCGCAUGCUUCUUCAUCAGCGCGCCUAUCUGCGCCAAAUCCGCCACCGCCUCAAGGCCCGCAAUGGUAGAGAGCGCCGGCCACGCGCCGGCAGGCAUGCACAUGCUGCUGCUGCUUCUCCGCAAUCAGCGCCUCGCCGCGCCCCGUUCAUGGUAUGCCCCCAGCAACACAGGCCGCCCAGGCCAUACCCCAUACCGGGCCUCGGUCUCGUAGCAGCGCAGCGUCGAGAGCCGUCGCGCCCUGCGCCCAGACACAGCGCUCCGCGCAGGUGGGCGGGUUGGGGUUUGCGGUACACGCCGAGGAUGGGGUGCCGUUGCUGUCAAUGUUGACUUGGGCAUUGAAGAGGGCGUAGCCGCCCGAUGCGCGCUCUGAGAUGGCCAGGCUGAUUGUUAUGCAUACCGAUAAACAUCGCCGCAAAUAUAACAAUCUAUUUUGGCCAGAUGCGCAAGUUCCCCAAUGGCUUUUGAGGUCUUACAGUCGAGUAAGGCGGCUGGACCCUUGGAGUUAGUUGUUCGUGGGACGAAGGACAUGUAUGUGCUUGGUAGAGAAUGCCGAUGAUAGAGUCUAGUUAAGUAUUUUAUUCCUGCUUUUAUAACCUACCAUCUAGGUCUUGAUGUUUGGCAUGUGUUAAAUACAUGAAUGUUUGCAAUAACUAUUCCAAAGGCUUUUCUUCGAAUCUGUUCCGACCACGCACCUUUCUUUUUAUAGCGGCGGCGUAUUCACAUGACGGGGAAACCAUAACGUUCAACGUAUAUCAUUCUGUCAAAUUUGGAAAGAAUUCAUCUACAACAACUUAAAACUACUGAUAACCCCAGCUGGAUAUCAUGACAUGGCCCAGGUCGGAAAAAAAAAAAGCCAUGAGAAAAAGAAACAAGAAAACAAGAUCCCUACUAAAUCCACCGUAUUUCACCAAAAAAAAGAAAAACCCGAAAACACCUCUACUUCUACCCCGUCUGCUCCCCCUUAUCCGCCCACCGAUUCUCCAUCUCCCGCUCCGUUUCCUUCUGCUGCGACUUCCCCUCCGCAUGCAUCUGCUUAAACUUCCUCCUCUCAGCCUCAGCCUGCGCUCUCUCCUGGUCACUGCCGCCGAACCCAGGACCGGAGAGGAACUCGCCGACUUUGCCCGUUACACGGUCUCCGGCGCCUUCUCCCCAUUUUGCCGCCUGUCUGCGUGCCUCCUGCUCCUCGCCCUCUUUGUUCUGGCGCUCGCCGGCUUUGCGGAGGUUUUCGUUGCCGAGUGCGGCGCCGACGGAUUGUUUGGCGGAGCCGACGGUUUGGUUAUAUUGGCCGCUUGGUUGGGAUUGGGUCUGGGUGGGUGGGCGUGAGAUGUUAGAUAUAUUCUGUAGACAAAUGGGGUGAAGGUUCUUACUUCGUUCUUGGUCUCUUUGUCAUCGGUGGGGUUGCUUCCUGUUACUUUGUUCACGGCAUUCUUGACAACGUUCGACGCCUGUCCUAGGUAGGUGGAAUUGGUUUCCUGGGGCUGGGGAUUAUUGGUGUUGGAAGACAUGGUGUUGGGUAGUAAAUGUAUAUAUAUAUGUUGACGAUAUAUGUAAGUUGUUUUCGGAUCUCGGAACUGAUAGAAGAUGUGAAUGACUGUCCUGAUGUUGUUGGUUAAGAAAAUACUCUAGACUUUAAGAGACAUCAGGCAGAUUUAUAUACCCAAUCUAUCCCAGCUACGUAACCCCAUCUAUCCAAAAAAACCAAGUUCUAAUGGGAGUAAAUACCCCUAUGAUAUCAUCCGAUAAAAACAUGGCCGCAAUUACGCUUCGGUGAUGUCAUCGGGCGUUCCAUUGGCGCCAAGCGCGACCCUGCCCCUGACACCCGCGCGGCAAAAAAUUCCCAGGUACACCCGCGCGCUGCAGCACUGGUCGGCCGUUUUUUCAACUGUUGAUGCGUUGCGACGUUAGAGGAGUUUUUCUGAAUAUCUGCAAACCAAUCGCAGGUCGUUGCAAGGCUCAUCCAUUAAUUAACACCGAGGGGAGCGCCAUUGGUAUGUUUUGACGGGCCAAGAAACAACUGGAGAUGAGAAUCGGAAAUAGUCGCUGGUUACUCCAGGCCCAUUGCAACUUGUUCUUUUGACAGUAUGUUCUAUUAUUAAUUACCCAAAGGUCUAUUCCGACAAAAAAAGUCCCCAAAAAAUCUGGAGUCUAUAUAUAUAUAUAUAUAUAUACAGGGAAAGGAAAAACGUAGAAACACAGACAAGAUGAUUAAAAUUUCCCGAUCAAUAGCUGCACACCCAUUCCCCUGGCGGUCCAGUAUACAGUCUUCCAGAGAUUCACAACGUCCAACGUGCUCGUGAACGUGUCGACAAAGCCGAACGGAAGCAUAGAUGGAAUCCAGCCUGUUCAAGCAAGGCAGCCAAAAAAAGUUAGCAUACUUGUAUAUAUACCAAACAUGAAAAUCGAAGCAAAAUUUGAGUGACGAUGGAACCACAGCGGAAGAAAUGUGGAGUGGAAAAAAAAAAAAAAAAGCAAAAGGGGGAGAGACGGAAAUCCUCACCUUGCGCCAACUCCAACGCCCACCCAUGCAAUUGAUACUGCGAUCCAGUCCCGCGCUUCAACCAGUUCUGGUCACCGGGAUAAUAUUCCGUCGCCUCAAGCUCUCCGGGCAAAAACCUCCGCUCCACGCCUUGCAGUAUGGUAAAGUAAUCUUCUGCGAGGUGAACGCCCGAGUGGCCCUCAGAGCCCAGCGGCGUGCCGUAGAAGAUGAGAUAUUCGGUAAUCGACGCGUGCAGUAUGAGCAUUGCGCCCAUUGCGUUGCCGUGGUUGCUGGAGUGGAGAGAAGAAGGUUAGAAGAAGUUCGCACGCGCGCGUCGCGGAAAAAAGAAAAGAAAAACGAAAGAUUUUCUCUUUUCCUCAUCGAAUUCCUCUCCCCCUCUCCCGUCACUCAGGAUAUAGGGGGCGACUGUGCACGCCCCCGAAAAGCUCACCUGAAAACCCAACGGGCCGGAUCCGUAUCGAACGGCAACACAUGCUUCUCCCCAUACUCCUGACGCAGCGCCAGGUUGAGAUCCGUCAUUAACUCAGUAACAUUGUUCGGGUGGCGUUCAAUUGACGCCUUGGAAAGCUCCUGGAGCCUCUGCGGGUCGAAGAUGUAGAAUCGCGGGAGGGCCUGGUCGAGCUUGUAGAGCCCGACGAGGAGGAGGGGGAGGAAGGCGAGGAAGCGCAUCUUUUGGUAUUUCCCAGAUUGGAUAUGUAUAGCUUGUCGCGACGCCCGUGACUGUUAAUUAUUAAUUAUUAAGGGAUUGAAAUACGGAUUAGACGAAAA